AUGGGCUCGCGCAGCGACCUGGUCAAGCACGUGCGCAUCCACACGGGCGAGAAGCCCUACCACUGGGCAGCCUGCGCGCGCAACGAGACCCGCCACACGGGCAUCAAGCCGUUCAAGUGCGACAUCUGCUCGCGCGCCUUCAGCAUCAAGGAGCGGCUGAAGGUGCACAACCGCAUCCACACGGGCGAGAAGCCGUUCCACUGCGACCUCUGUGAGAAAGCGUUCCACUCGGGCAUCAAGGACUUCGAGUGUCCGCGCUGCUACAAGGGCUUCGUGCGCCAGGACGCGCUCAAGAAGCACAUCCAGUCGUACCACGAGAACGAGCGGCCGAUGCGCUGUCCGAUCUGCGACAAAAGCUUCAAGGGCCACCGGGGCACGCACCUGCGCGUGCACACGCAGGAGAAGCCGUUGUGUCCGCAGAAGUUUCGCGCCCACUUCCACCGCCCUGAAGGUGCACACCUGCGCCAACACACGUGGCGAGAAGCCCUACCGGUGUCCCGCUCUGCAACACACUUCUUCAACCAGCUGCCGCAUCUCAAGAAGCACCUGCGCAGCAUCCACAAGCGCGAGAGCCAGCGCCUGGGACUACAGUAG